AUGAAACUGGUCACGUGACUGAUGACGUUUCAGCGGGAGUAACUUCAGGGAGAGGAAGCACGUUUAUGAAACACUAGUGACCGACUGAGAAGGAGCAAGAAGACAAAAGCUGAGGAAUUAAGUAUCAAUUAGACGGUUGAAUACAAACCAAGAGAAAGAAACCAUGCCUGCAGAUCUUAACAAAGGCAAGAAGGCUUUUGUCCAAAAGUGUGCCCAGUGCCAUACUGUGGAGAAUGGUGGAAAGCACAAGGUUGGGCCUAACCUUUGGGGGCUGUUUGGACGCAAAACAGGCCAGGCAGAGGGCUACUCCUAUACUGAUGCCAACAAAAGCAAAGGCAUUGAAUGGAAUGAAGACACCUUGAUGAUUUAUUUGGAGAACCCCAAGAAAUACAUUCCAGGAACAAAGAUGAUCUUCGCUGGCAUCAAAAAGAAGAAUGAGCGAGCUGAUCUUAUAGCAUAUCUGAAGUCUGCAACUUCAUAAAGAACUCUUCAUCUUUGCCAUUUGUUUGUGUCCUGACAAACUGGUUAAGAGGCACCGGACUUGUUCUUUCAAAAUCAGACACAACUGCAAGCAAUCUCUGACUGGUAUUGGCAUGAUAAGCUGCAAUCUUUGUACACAGCUGUACCUGUUUCUGAUAUGAUCCUCCUUUUGUGGUGGACUAAAUGAUAUCCCCUGGUUUUAACAGGUUCCUUUUUUAUCUAACAAACAUAAAUUAUUAAACCAUAUACUGUGUGUUCAGAAUGUAGGGACUGAAAGCUGUGUUUUGUUUGCUUAAUUGUCAUUCUUGUCGUUCUUGAUUUUUUAGUAAAGUAGUCUUAAUAAUUGUUUGUUCUAAGAAUGCAUAUGCCUUAUCCGUUUCCAAUUUGGCGAUACCGCAACAGUCUUAAGUCAUUUCUGAAUUUGCACUGUGAAUAAAAAUGACUUCAAACGUU